AUGCAUGUAAGUAUUUGUAAACCUAGCCAAUCGGGGCUUCCCAAAUUGUACAAAAGAAGAUGGGUCAUGUUGUUUUAUUUCUCCUACUGUUGUAUGGUGGAUAAUUUAAUAUGUUUUACGUUUGCACCAAUAAAUGACAUAUGUUAUAGUAUAUACGGGAGUUCGAAUAAGAUAUUUGCUCAAGUGUAUUUUAUAGUAUAUUCCGUAUUUUCAAUUCCCUUGUCCUUUUUAUUGAGUGAAUUUUCGUUAAGAAGUAAUGUAAUGUUUAGCUCGUUUUUACAAUUUUUUGGAUGUUUAUUAAGAUAUAUAUAUUGGAAUAAUUUUAAAAUAGUAAUGUUUGGUCAAUUUGUUUCUUCUAUUGGACAAGUAAUUUUUGUGAAUGCUCCACCUGAAUUUUCUCUUGUGUGGUUUCCAGUCGAAGAGAGAAUUAUAUCAACGAGCACUUCGAUUAUAUCAAAUGUGUUAGGUACUGCUAUCAUUUAUUUAUAUGCCCCCUUUAUAGUAGUAAAUAAUGAGGAUGUAAAGAAGCUAUUAUUUCAUAUAUGUUUUAUCAGCUUUCUUGGAUUUCUACAAGUUACGUUAUUUUUUGAAAGCGUACCCCCCUCUACUGUUAUAUCAUCCAUUUCUGAUAAGGGGGGAAUGUCGUUAAGCUUCACUAAGAAUGACAAUAUCUACAAGGAGGUACCUAAUGAAAGGGGGGAUGUAUAUAUUUUAGGUUUGAGCAGUAUAGGAGGGAGCAACCUAAGUGGAAGUAACGUAGGAGUGAGCAAUGUAGAGGUGAGCAAUGCAGAGGUGAGCAAUGCAGAGGUGAGCAAUGUAAGUGUUUACAAUGCAAGUAGUAACAACGCAUGCAUUCAUAACGCAAGUAUAAGCAAUGCGCGUGUAAGCAAUUUAAGUGUGUGCAACACCACAGAUGGGAAAAAGUCAGCAUUGAGUGUGACCCACUUGACGAAAGAACUGAUGAGGUUCUUAAGCGAUCUAAGUGUUGAAGUAGGAAAUAUAUUACAUAAGAAAGAUUUUAUAAAAAUACUGAUAAUAUUUUGUUAUUCAGAAUGUAUAAUAAGUAGUUUCUCAGCUGAUAUGUCAAUUGUAUUAAAAGAAAAAUUAAUAAAUAAAUCCUAUUUUGCUAUAUCCGGGUCUUUAUUUAUAUUUAACACAAUCCUAGGAAGUGCUAUAUUAUGUUUUAAUGCUAAUAACAAAUACUUUAAAAAAUUAAUUGUACUUUGUAUAUGUAUGAUUAUGGUAGUGUGUGUAUUAUUAAAUUUUACUAAUAAUGAAAUCUUUAUAAUUAUUACAUUAAGUUUAAUAGGGUUUUGGUCAGGUCCUAUUCAACCAUUAACUGUUGAAAUGGCAUCUAUAACAGUACAUCCUAUAAGUUCGAAUUUAUGUACAUCAGUACUGCAAGUAAUAUCACUUAGUGUUAGUGCUGUUUUUAUAUCAUUGAUAUCAUAUAUAACACCUUAUGUACACAUUUCAAUUUUUUUAUUCAAUGUAUCCUUUUUUGUGUUAAUUAUAAGUCUACUUAUAAAAACAACACAAAAAAAAAGAUUGUCCCAUAACAACCUAACCGUCUCUGUUAGAAGCGGAUUAAUAAAUAGACAUACCUUUGACACACAGAAAUAUACAGAUUUCUUUUAUAAGGAUGAUAAAACGGUGCAGUUGUUAAAAAACUAUAAGGACUUGUAUGCUACCUCAAAUCACAAGAUUGGGUUAGAUGAAAAUUACUACUUUCAAAAUUAUUUCUCAUUAUGGAGGAGUAAUCCAUCGCAACUUCCAUAUUAUGUAGACUGCUCACAGUAUCUUCAACAUGCUCAAUGGGAUAUCACUCCUUUUUCGCCUGUCACUCCUGUAACACCUACCACUCCUAUCGUUCCUAUUACCCCUAUUAGUCCUAUUGCUCGAAUCUCUGCAUGUUUACCUAGAAGCACCUCCAAAUGUGCAAAGAAGUCAAGGAAAUUUUAUCUUAAUAUAAAAGAACAAGCGAAUUGCGCCACUGAGGAUUUGUACAGAUUUCAUCUGAGUGAUAAACUGGAUAUUAAAAAUUUAAAAAAAGAGCUUUUAUUUUAUAAUCAAAAAAUGGAAGGUUCCAAUGAAGAAUCUAAAUUUUAUUCUAGAUUUUAUAGAGAUGACUAUGGUCAGCCAUUCCAUUUUGGUAAAGAUAGGAAUACUACUUUUAAGUACAACUCAUACUAG